UAACAUGUGUGUUUAUUGUUUACAAUUUUGCUGUCUGGGUGGUGGGCAGUGAUGGCUACAUGUUGGUGGGGAUAUGUGAGAGGCGUGCGGAAUUUGUACGAAUUCGUUACCACAGAACAGAAGUACAUAUUAUCACAAAAUGUGAAAUACUUUUCCGAGAAAGCUAAUGCACGUAUUCCAGAGAUUGAAGCUCAGUUUUCAAAUGGGCGCAAGAUUGUUCUGUCAACAGGACAGUAUGCGAGAUUAACCGACGGAUGCGCGCUAUCUCAGUUGGGCGACACUUCAGUUUUGGUAACAGCAGUAAGCAAAUCGAAAGCAACGUCUACGAAUUUUGUACCUCUAACCGUCGAUUACAGACAGAAGGCUGCAGCCGCUGGACGAAUCCCCACAAAUUUCAUGCGGAGAGAAUUGGGACCAACUGAGAGGGAAAUUUUGACUGGUCGCCUCAUUGAUAGAUCUCUGAGACCUCUCUUUCCAGAGGGUUUUUCGUAUGAAACUCAGAUUGUGUGCAAUCUUCUGGCUGUUGAUGGUGUUAAUGACCCAGACAUAGCAAGCAUUAAUGGUGCCUCAGCAGCACUCUGCCUUUCGGACAUACCAUGGAAUGGGCCCGUUGGUGCCGUUAGAAUUGGGUUGGUGGACAACGAGUUGAUUGUUAAUCCUACUCGCCGUGAACUGGCCAUGAGCACAUUAAACCUAGUACUGACAGCUGCGAGGCACAAUCUUGUAGUGAUGAUGGAGGCAGCAGCGGAUAACAUUUUGCAGCAAGAUUUACUGAAAGCCAUAAAAAUGGGUGUUCGUGAAUGCCAGGCUGUAAUUCAAGGAAUUUUGCAAUUGCAGAAGCACUAUGGAAAGGCAAAACGAGAUUUUACCCCUCCAGGAGAUCACCCAGAUGAUAUUGUCGAAGCUGUAAGAAGUUGCAGUGAAAUGCGAUUGAGAGAAAUAUUUAGAGAUUAUACCCAUGACAAGAUAUCACGCGAUACUGCUGUAAGUGAUGUACGGACUGAUGUCGCUGAGAAAAUGAGAACAACGUAUGGUGAAACUGUUGACUUGGUGGUAGUGAAUGACUGCUUCAGUAGGAUUUGCAAAGACAUCUUCCGAACAAUGGUCUUUGAGGAAAAUGUAAGAUGUGAUGGUCGUACAUUGGAGGAACUACGGCCGAUGUCAUGCCAGGUGGGAAUGUACCGGCCGCUCCAUGGCUCAGCUGUCUUCCAAAGAGGUCAAACUCAGGUCUUCUGCACAGUUGCUUUGGACUCUCCUGAUUCUGCUCUGCGAAUGGAUCCAAUUACUACACUUACCAGUGGAUUGAAGGAGAAGAACUUUUUCCUUCAUUAUGAAUUUCCUCCGUAUGCAACAAAAGAAGUUGGACGUACUGGUGGUGUUGGCCGAAGAGAAAUUGGACACGGUGCUCUUGCAGAGAAGGGUUUACGACCUGUAGUGCCUACAGGCUUCCCAUUCUCUAUCAGAUUAAGUGCUGAAGUACUGGAAUCAAAUGGAUCCUCUUCAAUGGCAUCAGUGUGUGCAGGAAGCCUGGCUUUAAUGGAUGCUGGUGUGAAUAUUAGUGCACCAGCCGCUGGUGUGGCCAUUGGUCUGUUUAGUAGAUACCCCAAGAAUGAUACAAAGCACAUGGAGGAUUACCGUAUCCUUACAGAUAUACUGGGCAUUGAAGAUUAUAUGGGAGACAUGGAUUUUAAGUUGGCUGGGACUAGAAAAGGUGUGACAGCACUACAGGCAGACAUCAAGAUACCAGGCCUUCCUCUGAAGAUUGUAAUGGAAGCUGUCCAAGCAGCCACGGAAGCAAAGUCGCGCAUUAUAGACAAAAUGAAUGAGACACUGUCUAAACCAAGAGCACAGAAGAAAGAAAAUUGGCCUGUUUCAGAAAAACUGGAAGUGGCUGUGCAUAAUCGAUCGAAGUUUCUUGGAUUAGGUGGGGCUAAUGUAAAGAGGCUUUUGGUUGAAACAGGUGUGCAGGUUACACAGGUUGAUGAAACAGCAUUCUCCUUAUUUGCUCCAAACCAACAAGCAAUGGAUGAAGCUCGUGAGAUGAUUGACCAGUUCUUGAGCACUGAACGUGAACCAGUCUUGGAGUUUGGUGGCAUAUACACAGCAAAGAUUGUUGAGGUUCGAGACAUAGGAGUUAUGGUACAACUGUACCCAAAUAUGACACCAGCAUUGUUGCACAAUUCACAGUUAGACCAAAGAAAAGUUAAUCAUCCAAGUGCCCUGGGUCUGCAAGUUGGAGAUGAGAUCAGAGUGAAGUACUUUGGAAGAGAUCCUGUAUCUGGUUUAAUGAGACUUUCAAGAAAAGUCUUGCAAAGUCCGGCAACAUCAGUGGUUCACAGUCUGAAUAAAACUUAGAUAAUAUAGUGUGUUCAGGUACUGGAAAACAUUUGUCUGUUGUUUACAGAUGUAUUGUUGUUGACAGAUAUUGAGCUCCUCAUUGGCAUGUGAUAUAAUGUAGACAGAGUGCAAAGAUAUGUAUAUCUUUACAAUUAUUUCAUUUUUAUUAAAUAUUGUCUCUGUGAGCACAAAUUGGACAGUGUACCCAGUGAGGAAAUAUAAUUUCUUAAGAAAUCUUUGUGUAGUUAAUGUAUUUGCCUUUCCAGUGAUAUCUUAAAUGUAACUUUAAGUAGAACUCUCCCGAGAUAAGCAUAAAAACAUGACAAAGACCAUUAACAACUAAAUGCAAUCUUUUGGAGGAGAAAGAGUAAAGAUAAUCCCAAAGUGUGUCACAUUCCCAUUAUUUUAGUACGUCAUAAAAUAACUCGUAGAGCAUACUUAAAAAGAGAAGAGAAACUACUCAUUUGAAAAAGUUGUAAUAGUAUGGUACGUACAACUAUUCAUUCACUAAUCCUUGAGCUGGCACGCUGUUUUUAAGAUGUGUGGGUGUGCGGUGUACUUCAUAUACAUUUAAGGAAUAGCUGUGUUUAUGUUACGAAGGUAAACAUAUAUGAACAAAAUUACAAUUUAAUUCUAGUUUAAUUGAACAACAAUGAAAUAGACUUACAUUAUGUGUGCUAAAUUGCUCUUUAAUUAAGCAAUAAUAAAAUAAAAUUUUGUUA